CACAAAUUAAACUCACUAAAACCUGCAAAAAAACUAUGAACCCUAGAAUGCUCCAGAGCAAAAUUUGAGUUCUCUAUCAUCGAACCCAGUUACUAGUUUCAUUAAAGCCACUGAGUUCAUCAAGCCAAUAGAUCUUACCAAAUCAAAUUAACCCUUCAAUAAACAAAUGCAAUCAAACUCUAAUCCAAUUCCAACAAAAAUACAAUCAAAUUGUAAAUCAACUCUCAAAUUUAUCAAGAACCGAAAAUGAAAAUCAAAACAAGAAUGAAAAAACAUGAACCUAAUGUUGAAACCCAGCAAGGCUGGGUUUCAAUGAAACCAGCAAGCGUGACUAGCAUGGCUGGGUUGGUUGAAACCCAGCCUUGCUGGUCGUGCAACCAGCAAGGUUGGGUUUGCGCAACCAGCAAGGUUGGGUUUACGCGACCAGCAAGGUUGGGUUUACGCGACCAGCAAGGUUGGGUUUACGCGACCAGCAAGGUUAGGUUCGUUGAAACCCAACCUUGCUGGUCACGCAAAACCCAGCAACUGGGUUUCGACGAACCCAGCAAGGCUGGGUUUGAACGACUAGCAAAGCUGGGUUCGACGGAACCCAGCAGAUCUGGGUUUCGUCGAACCCAGCUACCUAGCUCAUCGGAACCCAGCUACCCAACUCAUUAGAACCCAGCCACCCAGCUCAUUAGAACCCAGCCGAUCUGGGUAAGAAAAAAAGAAAGAAGGGGAAGAAGAGGGAUCUGGGUAGGAAAGAAGAAAAGAGAAAGAAAAGAGAAAGAAAGAAGAGGGAUUAGGAGAUGAGGGUAGUGUUGUAAUUUUAUUUUUUAAUUAAAAUAUAAAUAUUUAU